AACAAUCACCACUGUUGAAUUCAACAAAUGGCCACACAUACCUCAUAACAUGAUAAAAAAUUAAGGAAAGGAAGUGCGAGAAAAAGGCCCCGUACCCAAUCCCAAGUUGUGUACAUGGCAUAAUGUACUAACCCCACCUCCAUGGCCCAGCCCAUGGCCCAGCCCAGACAAUAACUUUUUGCAACUACAAAUUGAGUCCCUCCCCCUCACUUCUCCCACAUGCCAUGCUCUUUCUCUUCUUUUCUCUCCAUUUCUCACACUCUCUCAACUCUGCUCUUUCUUCAUCUUAACAAAUGGCUGCAACUGUCUGCCACUCAUACAUGGAAUCCAGAAUACACAGACUCAUCCUGUCAUCUCCAAAACCACUCCCUCCUCCCCAAAAAUCCAUUGAUUUACCCUUCAAGUCAAACACUUGGACCACCAUUCAAGCUCUUUCAACUGCUCCAAAAGAAAUCACAAGUGUCGACACCUACCUGCACCCUGCGCUCAAACCAUCAUCGCACAGACUCAGCCCCAAGAGUCUGGAGCUCUGCACCGAAAACCUGGGCAACGAGACAGGCAGCGACAUCAUAGAGAGCGGCAUUGAGUUGCUCUCUUCCCAUUCAUCGGAAUGUGGCGAAGCUGAAGUGAUGAGUCCCGGGAUUAUAAGGGAGAAGCAGAAAAGGAAAGCGCGUGAAGGUCGGAGUUUUCCGCCGCCGUUGACAACGAUAACAGGAUCCGAAUCCAUACGAGUGAGGCCCCACAGAGAAGGUGGGAGGCUAGUGCUCCAGCUCAUUAAGGUCCCAUCCUCUUUCCAAGCAGAGAGAAGCCCCGGUCGUCUUCGCCUCUGCUUUUGGACCGAAAUGCACCACCACCACAUUGAAGACGCCGUGGAGGAUGACCAAGAAGAUCAGGUAGAAAAAACACAAGACCAUCAUCAACAUGAUGAUGAUGAUGUUAAUGUUGGUGUUGAUGUUGAUGACGAUGAAGACGGUGUUGAUCCUGAGAAUAACGACUGUGAAUGGGAACUCUUCCAGGAACAUACAAAAGAGCGCAAGACUUGGGGUGUUAAAGCUGUGGUGAGAGUGCAAAGUACCAAGUUCGAGUGGCCAAGCAGCAGGUGCAAGGAAGAAGAACAUGACAACAUCAAUGAUUUGAUAAUAUAUUGGGGUGAACCAGUUCGUUUAAUUUCUAUUUAAUUUCGAUCUAUCUAUAACCUAGUUCUACAUUUUUUUCCUCAAUUUUCUCAGUAAAUUCCUAUCUAUUUUAUUUUUCCCCCCAGUAAACUUCCUUCUUCUUGGUAGUUAUUAUCGUUACUCUCUCUGUCUCUUCUACAACCACAAAACAUAUUGUAAUUAACAA